UCCGGCGCGAGGCGUCGCAGUCAGGCUUGUCCGGCCCAAUGGCGGCACCGCUGCUUCACACGCGGUUGCCGGGGGAUGCGGCUGCUUCUACCUCUGCAGUCAAGAACCUGAGUGCGUCGCGGGCUGGGAUUUCAGAUAUGCUUGCGUUAGAAAAUGAUUUCUUCAAUUCUCCUCCAAGAAAAACUGUCCGCUUUGGUGGAACCGUGACAGAAGUCUUACUGAAGUACAAAAAGGGUGAAACAAAUGACUUUGAGUUGUUGAAGAACCAGCUGUCAGAUCCAGACAUAAAGGAUGACCAGAUCAUUAACUGGCUGUUAGAAUUCCGCUCUUCUAUUAUGUAUUUGACCAAAGACUUUGAGCAGCUCAUCAACAUUCUGUUGAAAUUGCCAUGGUUAAAUAGAAAUCAAACAGUGGUAGAAGAGUAUUUGGCUUUUCUUGGUAAUCUUGUGUCCGCACAGACUGUCUUCCUCAGGCCAUGUCUCAGCAUGAUUGCUUCUCAUUUUGUACCUCCGCGAGUGAUCAUCAAAGAAGGUGACGUAGAUGUUUCAGAUUCUGAUGAUGAAGAUGACAAUCUUCCUGGAAAUUUUGACACAUGUCACAGAGCCUUGCAAAUAAUAGCACGAUAUGUCCCUUCGGCACCAUGGUUUCUUAUGCCGAUACUGGUGGAAAAGUUUCCUUUUGUUCGAAAAUCAGAAAGAACACUGGAAUGUUACGUUCAUAACUUACUGAGGAUAAGUGUGUAUUUUCCAACCUUGAGGCAUGAAAUUCUGGAACUUGUUAUUGAAAAACUACUCAAGUUGGAUGUGAAUGCCCCCCGUCAGGACAUCGAAGACGCUGAGGAAACAGCUGCUCAGACCUGUGCUGGGACGGAUUCCACGGAAGGGUUGUUUAAUAUGGAUGAAGAUGAAGAAACUGAGCAUGAAACCAAGGCUGAUCCAGAACGGCCUGAUCAGAUGGUCCAUCCCGUAGCUGAACGCCUGGACAUCUUGCUAUCCUUGCUUUUGUCCUACAUUAAGGAUGUGUGCUCUGUGGAUGGUAAGAUUGAUAACAACAAAACAAAGGAUUUAUACCGGGAUCUGAUAACCAUCUUUGACAAACUCCUGUUGCCCACCCAUGCUUCCUGCCAUGUACAGUUUUUCAUGUUCUAUCUCUGCAGCUUCAAACUGGGAUUCGCAGAAGCAUUUUUGGAACAUCUCUGGAAAAAACUGCAGGAUCCAAAUAAUCCUGCCAUCAUCAGGCAAGCUGCUGGAAAUUAUAUUGGAAGCUUUUUGGCAAGAGCUAAAUUUAUUCCUCUUAUUACUGUAAAAUCAUGCCUAGAUCUUUUGGUUAAUUGGCUGCAUGUAUACCUUAAUAAUCAGGAUUCUGGAACAAAGGCUUUUUGUGAUGUUGCCCUUCACGGACCAUUUUAUUCAGCCUGCCAAGCUGUAUUCUACACUUUUGUGUUUAGACACAAGCAACUUUUAAGUGGAAACCUGAAGGAAGGUUUGAGAUAUCUUCAAAGUCUAAAUUUUGAACGUAUUGUGAUGAGUCAGCUAAAUCCUCUGAAGAUUUGUCUACCCUCAGUGGUUAACUUUUUUGCUGCUAUCACAAACAAAUACCAGCUCGUCUUCUGCUACACUAUCAUUGAGAGGAACAACCGCCAGAUGCUACCAGUUAUUAGAAAUACAGCUGGCGGGGACUCGGUGCAGACCUGCACCAACCCACUUGACACCUUCUUCCCCUUUGAUCCUUGUGUGCUGAAGAGGUCAAAGAAAUUCAUUGAUCCUAUUUAUCAGAUAUGGGAAGACAUGAGUACUGAAGAGCUCCAGGAGUUUAAGAAGCCCAUUAAAAAGGAGAUGGUGGAGGAUGAAGAUGAUGACUUUUUGAAAGGUGAAGUGCCCCAGAAUGACACGGUGAUUGGAAUUACGCCCAGCUCCUUGGAUCCGCAUUUCCGAAGCCCUUCAAGUAGUGUGGGCUCGCCGCCUGUGCUGUACCUGCCCGACCAGUCCCCUGUGAGCGCGAGGAUCUGUGACUGAGACAGGCUCCCCCCGCACUGAGCCAUCAGGACCCAGGUUCACAGCGUUAGGCGUGGCAUUGAACUGCAGUGAGUCGAGGUCUCCGGUUAAACCUCAUCCAGUGUCUGAGCAGACGCUUUGCUUUGUUUUUAUUCCCCGUAGAGACAGAAGUUGAGAAGGCUGAAUAUCAUGUGCAAUAUUUUACUGUGGGCUUGAUGACAGAUGUUGAAGGCUUCGCACAUUUAGUGUGUACUUGUUUUGUGCUACAGCCUUUUGACAUAAUUACUGUGUAAUUUCUAAUAGCAGCACCCUGUUUUUUAACAGAUGGAUUUUUAAACUGACAUAGAUUUUUGUCAUAGUUGCAGGACUUCGUUGAUAAGAUUUAAAGACGUUCUUUACCUUCUGUUGUGAGUGUAUCUGUGUGUUGGGAUCUCAGUAGGUGCAGAGAAGAUAGAAGGAGAGUGGGAGAGGCCAGAGCUGGUCCAGGACACUCAGGUUUGGAGCUGGCCCUGACGGUGAUCCCAGGGACUUUGGAGACCCAUAACAGCCAGAAAUGGGGAGAGAGAGAGGAUUGAGGGGAACAGAAUGAGCCAGAUAACAUACUCAGCACAGUAAAAAAGGGAUUUAAAAGAAAAAUGGAGGUCCAGGUGACUGCCAUUGAUAAAGACUGGAAAUGAGCUUGGACUCUGACUCGCAAGAUCAUUAGAACAGAGACUUCACACCUGCAGCAGGUACAUUGAGUUCUUGUUGACCAGCAUCAGUUGUUUUUUUUUGAGCAUUUUUUUGUCCACAUGGAAGAAAACAUUUUGUGCGUGAUUUGGUGGUAGUGUUUUGCCAGAUGGGCCCAGAGUUCCCACCACAGUCUUUGUCUCGUGGCUGUGCGUGGUACGGGUGCGGCCCAGUGAACUCUUUUCUAACAGACUGCAUUUUUACAACUAAACCCUGAGGGGAGUCUCCGACAUCCUCGCUGUCAAACCACGUGUGUGCAAAGCCUGCUAGAGGCCUCUGGAACUCCAGCAUAUGCGCUCUUGGUUCUUUAUGUGUAUACGUCUUUAUUUGUGAAAAUGACCAUCUUUAAGCAUAUUUAUUUUUCUGAAACUUCUAUUUAUUUAAAGGCAAUUAGUAUUUUCUUGUUCACAGAUCUUUUGUAAUGAACUAACUACUUCCUCUUUCCUGGGGGUCUUGUAUAAAUUACAUAUAAUGGCAAUGUAGAGUCUGAAUUUCAGUCUGUAAAUAUCUUUUUGGAAAACAUAAAUUUUAAUGCUUUAAAAAGUUUUGCAUAUUGGAGAUUUUUCUUUCAGUGACUCGGACAGUCAUUAAGAAUCUUAAGGUUCUCUUUAUUUGCUGACAGAAAGGUGGGGUUUUGUAUGCUGGAUAAAAUGUGUCAAUGUAUUCACUACAGUUAAUAGUCAGUGGGUCUUUGUGGGUUGGGAAAGUAGAUUUAAAGUAGGAUAUAUUUGCAAAUAGGUCUGUAAAAUUUGAAAGGACUUUGAGAAAAAAUUCCACUGUAAAAUAAAACAAUAACACGGUUAAUCUGAAACUUUUCAUGAUGCCAAUAAAAAGGGGGGAACCCCAAUAAAAAGA